AUGACCACCCGACAAACACGCAAUAUCGCCUGCCUGGCAUCGACGGCCUCUCUACUUGUUGCAACCGUUUUUGUCGGCGCUGCUCGGGCCCACGAUCACCAUGAUGGCGAAACCGCCAUUCCAGAGGGCGAAACUGUCACCAAAGAGCCUCUGGAUUCCAUUACAUGGCUUCACAUCUUUAUUCAAAUGCUCGCCUACGGCGUCAUCUUCCCCAUUGGGAUGGUCCUUGGUAUGACCAAAUCACGAUGGCACGUCCCAACCCAGGCUAUCGGUUCCUCGCUCGCCCUCGUCGGUUUCUUUCUUGGGCACGCCCACGGCGGCCGUCAAUACGUCGGCAACAACGUCCACUCCGUCUUCGCCAACAUCCUCCAGCUCCUCCUUGUCGGCCAGGUCGUCCUCGGUCUCUAUCUCAAGGGUCACUGGGAGCGCGGUAUCAAUGGCCGCAUCCGCCUCCUAAUCCGGCCCUUUCACUCCGUUAUCGGCAAGGCCAUGCCCCUGCUCGCCUGGGUCCAGAUGGUCUUUGGCGGCAUCACCACCCUCGGCUUCUGUCAGGGCGACCACCUCGGACAGUGCGCCGCACACUUCAUCAUGGGCGGUGCCUUCAUCGCAUAUGGUAUCAUCCUGACCAUUAUCCUCCUCGCCGGACAGAUGUGGAUCCGCCGCACCGGCCGCUCACAAGAGUUCUUUGACAGCUCCGUCAUUGCCGUCUGGGGCUGCAUCAACACCUUCACGGAGCACCGCUGGGGCACCGCCUGGGUCAAAAACGACUGGCAGCACACUACUAUGGGCAUAGUCUGGUGGUGUGCGGGACUGGCUGGUAUCUGGCUGAGCCGAGACCGCGAUGGGAACCCUAAGCGCAACUUUAUUCCCGCCUUUGUCAUCUUGAUCACUGGCUGGGCCAUGUCCGCGCAUCCCCAGGAGCUAAUGGUCAGCGCCAUGACGCACGCCAUGUUCGGCAAGACACUGAUGGCUGUUGGCGUCACUCGCGUUAUUGAAAUUGCAUUUAUUCUCAAGGACAAGCAGUCGCUCGACGAAAAUGGUCGCACCUGGAGCAGCUUCCAGUACAUUCCUGUUUUUCUUAUGUACGCCGCGGGCUUCUUGUUCAUGGGUGCCACUGAGGAGCAGAUGAAUCUUGUUGCGACGUCCGGUAUGGACGGCGUUUCCUAUACGCUCAUUCUUUAUUCUCUUGCCUUUAUGGUUUUCCUGUUUGCCAACAUGCUCAUCCAUCUCUACGACCGCCUCUCGAGCGACGAAAAGGGCGGUAAGUACACUAACGGACAUAUUCGCCUUAAUGGUGGCGCCCGAGAGGAGGGUAGCCUGCGCGAUGCCGAAGAGUUCGAGCUCGAGGGCCUCAGCGACGAGGAGGAGAACGAUGAGGGCCAGCGCAUGCUCAAUCGAGCGGAUAGGGCAAGCAUCGACACACCGAGCACGCUUGGCCGCAACAAUCAUGCUUCUGCACAUUAA